GGGAUGCUCAUCCGGGUCACGCUAACGCCGUGGUUUCCGCCACUCUGUUGGUUCCAGAGUGGGUCCGUAGCGGUCCCAUGUUGUGCCGUGGGGCGUCUGCAGCCUUCGGUUUGUGAAGACUGCGGAGACCUGCAAUCCAGUCACAUUAAGUGUGUAAAGAGAUAGUGGUCCUCAUGGAAGAAGAGCAAGACCUACCAGAGCAACCGGUGAAGAAAGCCAAGAUGCAGGAGCCAGGAGAACAAACUUUAAGUCAAGUAAACAACCCGGAUGUCAGUGAUCAGAAGCCUGAGACAUCCAGCCUUGCGUCAAAUCUUAACAUGUCAGAGGAAAUUAUGACAUGCACCGAUUACAUCCCUCGCUCAUCCAAUGAUUAUACCUCACAAAUGUAUUCUGCAAAACCUUAUGCACAUAUCCUCUCAGUUCCUGCUUCGGAAACCGCUUACCCUGGGCAGACGCAGUACCAGACACUGCAGCAAUCUCAAUCCUACGCUGUCUACCCUCAGGCAACCCAAACAUAUGGACUACCUCCUUUUGGUGCACUGUGGCCAGGUAUGAAACCUGAAAGUGGUUUAAUUCAGACACCAUCUCCAAGUCAACACAGUGUUCUUACCUGCACUACAGGGUUAACCACAAGCCAGCCAAGCCCAGCUCACUAUUCUUUUCCCAUUCAAGCUUCGAGCACAAAUGCCAGCCUGAUAUCCACAUCAUCUGCAAUUGCCAAUGUUCCAGCAGCAGCCGUGGCCAGCAUCUCAAACCAGGACUAUCCCACCUAUACUAUUCUUGGACAGAAUCAGUACCAGUCCUGCUACCCCAGCUCCAGUUUUGGAGUCACAGGUCAGACUAACAGUGAUGCUGAGAAUACUGCAUUAGCAGCUACCACGUACCAGAUUGAGAAGCCUAGUGCUAUGGUGCCUGCUCCAGCCACACAGAGACUUCCCUCUGACUCGUCUGCAAGCCCAUCUCUGUCACAGACUACACCAAAUAAAGAUGCCGAUGAUCAGUCCAGGAAAAAUAUGACUGUCAAGAACCGGGGCAAGAGGAAAGCUGAUGCCGGUUCCUCCCAGGACAACGAAUUAGAACGGGUAUUUCUCUGGGACUUGGAUGAAACCAUCAUCAUAUUUCAUUCCCUUCUCACUGGAUCCUAUGCUCAGAAGUAUGGAAAGGACCCAACAGUAGUAAUUGGCUCAGGUUUAACAAUGGAAGAAAUGAUUUUUGAAGUGGCUGAUACACAUCUGUUUUUCAAUGACUUAGAGGAGUGUGACCAGGUGCAUGUGGAAGAUGUGGCUUCUGAUGACAAUGGCCAGGAUUUGAGCAACUAUAGUUUCUCAACGGAUGGUUUCAGUGGUUCAGGAGGCAGUGGUCACGGUUCGUCUGUGGGUGUUCAGGGAGGUGUGGACUGGAUGAGGAAGCUGGCCUUCCGCUAUCGAAAAGUGAGAGAGAUCUAUGACAAACAUAAAAGCAACGUGGGUGGCCUCCUCAGCCCGCAGAGGAAGGAAGCACUGCAGAGACUGAGAGCAGAGAUCGAAGUUCUGACGGACUCUUGGUUAGGGACUGCGCUAAAGUCCUUGCUUCUCAUCCAGUCUAGGAAGAACUGUGUGAAUGUUCUGAUCACUACCACUCAGCUGGUUCCAGCCCUGGCCAAGGUUCUUCUGUAUGGACUAGGAGAAAUAUUCCCUAUUGAAAACAUCUACAGUGCUACCAAAAUAGGUAAGGAGAGCUGCUUUGAGAGAAUUGUGUCAAGGUUUGGGAAGAAAGUCACAUAUGUAGUGAUUGGAGAUGGACGAGAUGAAGAAAUCGCAGCCAAACAGCACAACAUGCCCUUCUGGAGGAUCACAAACCAUGGAGAUCUGGUGUCCCUGCACCAGGCUUUAGAGCUUGACUUCCUCUGAGAACUGGAACGUAGAGCCUUCCUUCCUUGUGAGCUUCUUUUACCUCCGACAGGAGUCAGGCUAGAGCCCUCUGAGACCCUUCUCUCCUGUCUGUCUGUCUGUCUGUCUGUCUGUCUGUGUCUCAGCGCCCCUUCCCCUUCUCUUGUGCUCUUUCUCUCCCUCCAUGGAAUGCUGGCGAGAACACAAUCAGAACCAACUGCAGUUUUUGCUAAGAACAAGCCGCAGCCCCGUCCAUAGUCCAGCAGGAGGUGGCUGGCUGGAACAGCAGACUUGAUGCUGCUACUAUGCUUUAGUUCUGUUUCCUUCAAGAAAGAAGAACGAGAAAAGGCAAUGCUUGGGGCACAGUUGCACCUUUGGUGCAUGGACAGACUGGGAGCUCCUCCUCAUCAUGCUGACGGAAAAUGUGUCCCAUGAGAAUAUCUCCUGUAAUCGUAGAUGUAGAAGUCCUCUCCCAGUGAAUGGGUAUGUUACUUUUGUAGCUGAGGGUCUGGUCUCUGAAGCACUCCUUCCCCCCCUCCCCCCCCCAUGAAGAAAGCGGUGUGUAAAGUUUCCGUGACAGUGGUAAUGGAAAUGUCUGAAAUACCUCUCUGUGUCAGCAGCACCCUUUAGUGGCCCAGGACUCUUCUUUCCAGGAGGCUCCUCACUGUCUUAGGGCCCUGGUCACUUACUAACUUUAGACUUUGGCGUCUCCCAUCUUGUAAGCCUCUGCCUCCUUGCCAGUCCUUCAUCUGUAACCAAAAGUCACAACCCUGGAAACUCCUUCCCAUAAACAAUAAAUCUACACCUUUAGCUCAUAAUUUAGAGACUGCGUCCCAGGAGGCUCACCCUCCAAAUUGGAGAGAAGGGGCUCGGGGUCCUUAGGAAUUUCAUCCUUGGCUCCUGAGGUAGGAGUCUUCCUAGUGCUCCUUCUGCAGAGCAGCUCCUGUUCCCAGCAGAUGCUUGCUCUGUGGCCAGCUCAGUCAUCAGAUGUUGGGUUCACACUCCCUGCUCUCUUUCAAAUCCACUUCUCUCCAUGCAGCUCUGGCCAGCCCCCACCAAAAAGUCUUGAGAGCAGGCUACACCUGCUUCCUUUGCAACUUACAUGCAGUUGUCCAAACUUAUAUUUGCCCAGAUCUGUGUCUGGGAAUAGAGAGCAGAUUGUUAGAACCAAAACCCAAUUUCCCAUGAAACACUCCGUUUCUCAGAUGCCAUGAUGAAGUGGGAAAUCAGGCCAGAAAUACUCUCUUGACUUAAAUGCCUGAAAAUGGAACCCUGAACUAGUUGCAAGGGCCCUGUCAGACUGCCCCAGAUGCUUUGGAGGAGAGCCUGGGCAUAGUCCCAGCCAUCAAGUCCAGCUGGGUUUUGUUUUUUGGCUUUGUUGUUGUUGUUGUUUUGUUUUGUUUGAAGGCACUGUCCCUUGAGGACCAGUAUGAGGUCCUUAAUUGGGGUAAACUUCCCUAGAGGUGAGGGAAUGUGCUACUGUGGUCCUCAGGAGGUCCUUGACAACCACUGCUACAGUCACUGUCCCCAGAAACGCUGCAGCACAGAGGCUACCAGACAGCAGCAGAAAGGCUGGCACACCAUCUGCAGAACUGUUGGCCAGUACUUCUGAGAGCAGCAGUUGAGGAAGGGGCUCAGACAGGAAGUGAGGUUGGUGUUCCAUUUUAGUCACUCAUUUGGCUUUGUUUUGAGAUGGGGGUGGGAGCAAAGAGGUGGCAUCUAAGCCUGACUUUCCUAGGCUACAUUGAGCACCACCAUCCCAACACUGCCCGGCCUUUUUUCGUGGUUCAUCAUAGAAAACUCGAGGAUAAGUUUUACUUUGAAGCCUCAACCCUGUCCCUCGUUGCCAGUGUAGUUUCUUGUCCUGGACAAAGGCCACCUGUUGACUUCAGGCUUUUAAGACUGUCAAGUGGUGACGCACAGCCUUCUGCACACAGGUCAUACCAUGAACACUUAAAGGGAAACUCUCCAUUCUUAGAAUGUAACAUGGAAUCCCUUUUCAUCUUGCCCCACCUGCCCAAUUUAGCUCUCUUUACAAAAAGAAUUUGGACUUGGCCAAGAGAAGCAAGGAGAUACUGAGCUGAGGAGCCUCUGCUCUGGCAGCGACCACUCUGUCAGGGCAGACAGGAAGCAGGGGUGUAUUGGUGUAUUGCUGCCCUUGGCAUUGACUUUCCCUCCCUCCCACAAAGGCUUGGGUAGGAAAAUGAGCUGGCAGCAUUAGGAACUGUUGGUACUAGAAAGACGGCUUGCUAGUUAAUAACACUAGCUGCUGGUGCAGAGGUCAAGGUGUGAGCGCCCACACGGCUGCUCACAGCAUCUGUAACUGUAGUUCCAGAGGACUAAUGCCCUCUUCUGGAACCAAGCACUUACAUACAUGCAAGAAAACACUCAGAAAAUAAAAUUUCUUUUAAAAAUCAAAAGCUGUUGGAACUUGGAGCUGCAAGAAACUGGGUUGUUUCAUUAAAAAGAGGCCAUCUUUACUGGACAGAGCGCCCUGAGCAAUCGCUGGUGCAUCCUUCCCUGCUGGAUUCAGUGUUCUGAAGGGUUAGUGUAGACAUCUCAUGGUGUGGGCUGAUUCUAGGAGUGUCCUGGGAUAUGAGGUGACUUUCGAAUGUAAAACUGACUGUGCCUUAGCAUCACCCUGUCCAGUGCCCCUGGGACAGCUGGUGAUGUCCGGGAGAGUGGAUCCCUGCUCCAGAAUUUAGGUGCCUAUUUUGGGCUUUUAAUUUGGGGGUGUUCUGUCUUCUGUACAAGUUGGGUGUCAGAUCUAGCAUCCCAAGAGACUUGGCACAGCUUGUUUGCGAUUCACACAAAUUCAGCCUUCGCAGCUCCAACUAGAAUCUGAUUGACAUUGCAGUUGCAAGCGUGUGGCACUUCCAGACACUACUCUGAGUCACAGUUGACAAGAGCACCAGGCAAAGCAUGGGGGGGGGCUAUCUCCCAGGUGGCAAGCUUGGGCCCUCCUUCAUUCCUCUCCAGGGUGUAGCAGAGGCAUCUUCAAGAAGCUAGAACUAUCCAGACAGACUUAUUGUAGAUGCCAAGUUGGAAUUCUGAGGUCAAAUAUCUUAUCCACAAGAGGCAAAAAUCUGCUUGUGUCUCAGCCCUGUCCACAGGCCACCUGUCCUCCCUCUACCCUUGAGUCCGCUCUAGCAAGCAAGGCUCCCUGGCUGCCUCCUAGCACACUGAGCGGAGCCAUCCCAUUAAGGACCGUUUCUACUUGGAUCACCACUCUCCCUCUGGACUUCAGAUGCCUCUUUAGCAAGAAAAGGCAUCGGUUGGGUUGGAUAUAUUUAUGUGACUGCGGGCAUUUGUGGCUAUAGAGUCCUUGAUCAUAAUGUUAUAUGUAAUGGGAACUAUCUUAUAAACUUGAAAAAAAUAAAAUUUUUAUU